CUGCCCAGCCGCCACCUGCGACAGGUGGAGCGCGCGGCGCCGGGUCGGCGCUCGGCCAUGUCCGAGGAGAGCGCGGGGCCAGGACUGGGGCUGGGGCCGGGGCCGGGACCCGGGCCGGGGCCGGGACCGGGACCGAGACCGGGACCCGGGCCAGGGUCCGAGCCGGGGCCGCUGUGCCCCGAGCACGGCCAAGCUCUGAACUGGUUUUGCUGCUCCGAGCGACGGCCGGUGUGCGCUGCCUGCGCUGGGCUGGGCGGCCGCUGCCAGCGACACCGCAUCCGCCGGGCGGAGGAGCGCGCGGAAGAGCUGCGGAACAAGAUUGUGGACCAGUGUGAGAGACUGCAGUUACAGAGUGCCAGCAUCAGCAAGUAUGUGGCCGAGGUCCUACCUGGGAAGAACCAGAGAGCGGUGAGCACGGCCAGCGCAGCGCGGGAACUGGUUAUCCAGCGGCUGAGUCUGGUGAGGAGUCUGUGUGAGACUGAGGAGCAGCGGUUGCUGGAACGGGUGCAUGGCGAGGAGGAGCGGGCCCACCAGAGUAUCCUGACGCAGCGAGUACACUGGGCUGAGGCGCUACAGAAGCUCGACACCAUCCGCACCAGCCUGGUGGACAUGCUCACCAGUAUGGAUGACCUCCAGCUGAUUAAGGAGCAGGAGAUUUUUGAAAGGUCCGAGGAAGCAGAGGGCAUUCUGGAUCCCCAAGAGUCGAAAAAGUUAAACUUUAAUGAGAAGUGUGCUCGGAGCCUACUACUGACCCAACUCUGGGCAACAGCAGUUUUUGGGUCCCUCUCAGGCACGGAGGAUGUACGUAUCGAUGAGAGGACUGUCAGCCCCUUCCUGCAAUUGUCAGAUGAUCAAAGGACCCUGACCUUCAAUGCCAAGAAGUCCAAGUCCUGUGUAGAUGGCCCGGAGCGCUUUGACCAUUGGCCCAAUGCCCUGUCCACCUCCUCCUUCCAGGCUGGGCUACACACCUGGACGGUGAACGUGCAGAACAGUUGCGCCUAUAAGGUGGGUGUGGCCUUAAGCCAGCUACCCCGAAAGGGGUCUGGCAGUGACUCUCGUCUGGGCCACAAUGCCUUCUCCUGGGUCUUCUCCCGCUACGACCAGGAGUUCUGUUUCUCACACAAUGGGCAGCACGAGCCCCUGGGGCUGCUGCGCUGCCCAGCCCAGCUGGGCGUGCUGCUGGACUUGCAGGCCCAGGAGCUGCUAUUCUACGAGCCGGCCUCGGGCACGGUGCUCCACACCCACCACGCGUCCUUCCAUGGGCCCCUCUUCCCAGUCUUUGCUGUGGCUGACCAGACCAUUUCCAUCGUCCACUGACCUUUGGCCCUGGGGAGGCCAGAUCUACCUCCCCACCACCCUUUUAGGCCACAUUUCUACCCAGUGUCUUUUUCCCAGAUGUUGCCUAUGCCCACUGGGCAGCUUUAGGAGGGUAGGGAUCUGUUUCAGAUCUGGGUACAACUGUUAAAUGCUGGGUAUCUAUAGGGAACCUGCUACUCCCUGGGCCUUAGUCUCCCAAAUGCACCCUCUGAGGGUGUCUCAUUCACCACUUUAUCUCUGGCAUCCAGCAUGGUGCCUGGUGAGUGUGCAAUAAAUACUAGGCCAAGUGA